CAUCAUUGUAGGAUGAAAGCUCUGAUUUUAGUGGGAGGGUUUGGCACAAGGCUCCGUCCUUUAACGCUCAGUCUUCCUAAACCUCUGGUGGAAUUCUGCAAUAAACCAACCGUCGUUCAUCAGAUAGAAGCCCUAGUGGAAGCAGGUGUGGAUCACGUGAUACUGGGUGUAGGGUACCGAGCUGAUAUCAUGGAGACGGAGCUCAAGAAACACGAGGAGAGACUUGGCAUACGAAUAUCUAUGUCUUACGAGGACCAACCCCUGGGGACAGCUGGACCACUAGCUCUAGCCAGAGAGAUGUUACUGGAGAAUGCUGAGAAGCCCUUCUUUGUGCUGAACGCAGAUGUUGUGUGUGGUUACCCCUUCAAGAACAUGUUAGAUUUCCAUUCAAAACAUGGCUGCGAAGGAACCAUCUGUGUAACAAAAGUGGAGGAACCCUCGCGCUAUGGUGUGGUGGUCUACUCGGACGAUGGUAAAAUUGACAGAUUUGUGGAGAAACCCAGCAGCUUUGUGUCCAAUAAGAUUAACGCUGGACUUUAUCUCUUUAACACAACUAUUCUGGAGCGUAUUGAGUUGAAACCGACAAGCAUAGAAAAGAAGAUCUUCCCAGAAAUGUGUAAAGAGGCAGAACUCUUCGCCAUGGAACUUCCAGGUUACUGGAUGGACGUAGGACAGCCUAAAGAUUUCGUCAUCGGAUCGUCAAUGUAUCUGGAUCAUGUUUCCAGAACGAAACCCGAACUACUCUGCAAAAACGAGUCAUGUUUAGGUAACGUAUUAGUAGACAAAACCGCUACUAUUGGUAGGAAUUGCCAAAUCGGUCCUGAUGUCGUCAUAGGACCAAACUGUGUAAUUGAAGACGGUGUUUGUUUGCAGAAAACCACUAUAAUGGAAGGAAGCAAAAUUGGCUCUCAUUCUUGGAUAAAUAACUCUAUCGUAGGAUGGAAAUGUAACAUUGGAAAGUGGGUAAGAAUGGAGGGAGUAAGUGUGUUAGGAGAGGAUGUUAAAAUACGAGAUGAGUUAUAUAUUAACGGGGGCAGGAUAUUACCUCAUAAAGAAAUAGGGGAGUCUAUUCCUAAUCCUGCUAUAAUAAUGUGAACUGAACCCAAAUCCAAAAAUCGAUCAGAUUAUAGAAAUAACGUUACAUGUGUUGUUAGUGGGGUAAUAGUGUACUAGUAAAUUAGUAAACUAGUAUAGUAGAUACCGUAGACGCAGGCGUUUUAUAUUGGACUCUUCAUACCAUCGCUUCUGGUAGAUUUGGUUGCGGAGAAAUCAAUGAUUCUCGCUAAAUGAACAUCAUUUGAACACGAAAAAACCGAAAGAGGAUUUAUGGUUCCCUUUGAGGAAACUAAAACUUAUAAACGAAACCAUCGAGAUGAAAUUGUUUACGAGAACAGAAAAUGUUUCAUGUUUUGCAGAGGGUUGAGUUGUUGUCUAGUAACUAGUAAGUCUAGUUAAUCUCACUUUGUCCUGUAGAUUACAGAUGGUGCAGUUUUGUUACAUACAUCUACUUUUUUUAACGGUUUUAAACCGAUGAAUUUAUAAUUUAGUUCGAAUGGAAAUAUAUUUGGUUGUGUGAUAAAGAGAUAGACCCUGCAAUUACAGAAGUAGAUUUUUGUUCAAAUAACAACAAUUAUUAAAAAUUACUGUACUGAUUUGUUUUUAAUAUGCUGCGUGUAAGUGUUUUACAUUUUGCCAUUUAUUAUUGUGAAGGUAUCUUAUUGUAAACUACUUAUGAUUUAUAGACUUCUGAUUUUGUCACAAUCUUUAGUUUUCAUCGUCUUACUCUUGUUGAUGUUGAAAAAAGUGUUUUACUUCAAGU